AGAAUUGCUACUACUUAGUGCAGGAACAAUAAUGCAACUUACUCUUUGACAUGUAGCCAGGCAAUGCUGUUUGUUGUAAACUGACAGACAAAACGGCUAGGUGCGCCCGUCCGUUUUUAUGGCUGCAUUUACCUUAUGGGUGUGUUAUUUGACCACACUCCACGCAACUUCGCAAACCCACGUAGCUAAUCUGCACAUUGAGACCGAAGCUUGAGCACACAUUCAUAUCUGAAUUCAAAUCUCAGGAACGCCUUGGAAACCCAAUCACUGGGGAUCGGAACGGCAGCCCUUUCAUUCCAAGUCCUUCACGUCGUGAAAUAGAAGCGAUCGAAGGAAGGGCUUCAUCAGAAAGCACUCAGUGCAAGGGCCUGUUUCCUCUCCGUAUGCUCAAGGGCACGCCGCCAUCCUACCCUGACCUUCGAGCUCCGUAUGCACUCCAUCACCAGGCCGGAGCUGACAAGAGAGCAGCGGCCCGUGGUCUAGAGACGGACCCGGUCCUGGGCUCCGGAGCGCACAGGUGCAAGCGCUCGCGGGGGCCCGACGGGGCUCGGGGUCCCAUGCCGGGGAUGGCAUUCGCCAAAAAGAGCCUUAGGUGGCGCUUGCUCGCCGAGGGCUACAGCGCCCGCCUUCCCGCCCGGCAGCAGAGACGGGUCGUCGCUCUGGCCUUCCGACGCUGGGCCGAGGUGACCCCGCUGACCUUCCAGGAGGACUCCAGCUCCCCGGGGACCGAGAUUGACAUCCGCCUGGGAUUCGGCACAGGGCGUCACUUUGGCUGCCCCUGGUCAUUUGAUGGGCCCGGUGGGGAGCUGGCACACACCUACCAGCCGGGAGAGAUACACCUGGAUGACGAUGAGCCCUUUAGCAUCCCCCCGUCUGACCACGGAGUUAAUCUGCUGCAGGUGGCACUGCAUGAGAUAGGACACGUCCUAGGACUGCCCCACUCGCCGUCUCCGGACUCAGUCAUGAACCCUCUAUACCCCACCGCCGGGGGCACUCUGGAACUAGACUGGCAGGACAAGAGAGCCAUCCAGGAGCUGUAUGGGCAGUGUGAGGGCCCCUUCGACACUGUGUUCGACUGGGUGAGGAAAGGGCCUGAGGCACAGCAGGGGGAGCCGGUGAUCUGGUUCAACACUUAUUUCCUGCGCGGCAGUCAGUACUGGCUGUACGAGAAUCGCCGGGGGCGACCUCGUCGAGGAGACCCUCGGGGCCUGGAGCAGGGCUGGAGGGGGCUGCCUGCUGGCAUAGAUGCCUUCCUCCACGUCUGGACCACCGACAUGGACAGGACCUACUUCUUUAAAGGCAUUCAAUACUGGCGCUAUGACAACGGCGCCGACCAGACUUUUUCCCAGGAUGCCGAGGGCCUGGCGUACCCAAGGCGCAUCUCUGAUGGCUUCCCAGGCAUUGCCGGCCCCCUGGACACCGCGGCAUUUUUAUGGCAACUUGGCCUUGUCUACUUUUUCAAGGGUGCCCAGGUGUGGGGAUACAAUGUGUCAAGUCAUCAAGUGCAGCAAGGAUUCCCUGAAAGUUUAGAGGAUGUUUUUCCCGCCCUUGUUUUGAAUGAUCAUCCAAAAGGUAACUUGGAUGCUGCAUACUACUCCUACUCCCACCACACCUUGUUCUUAAUUAAAGGGUUAUACUACUGGGAGGUGUCCACGGAAGGUGAUGGAGAACAUCCUCUUUCCCACAAUGUCUUGCUGCCCCACAGGAGAGUGGCCGAACAGUGGAAGGACUUGUGUGACAUCCAUCCCACCACUGUGCGUGGCAGAUAAAAAAACUGAGCAUUUUGUGAAACCUAUUUUUCUAAAAUAGUGCCAAACAGUAUGUUAACAUCGUAAUUCCACACUUUUUAAAAUGCAUUUUAUUCAGACUUCAUGUUGGUAAGGAAACCACAUUUUUUUCACCAGCUCUAAAUAGGCACUCAUUGUUCUGAUCACCACUUGGGAAGUUAAAAUAGAGCUAUUAUAUACACUUCAGUGCAGUGCUGUUCUCCCUCAGUCAAAUAAAGUGUGAUGAAUUGUAUUUGUCAUACUUCUUCACAGUGAGUCAACAAGAA